ACGUGGAUUAUCAUAUAUUCAGGACUACAUUUUGACUGAUUUAGAAAUAAAAAGUGAUAACACUUGGACUGAAAAUCGAAUUAAUUUACCAACACCACCACCAUUGCCACCGCCACCGCCACCGCCACCGCCGCAACUUGUUAGGGGAAAUGAGGGACGAAGUGAAGAUGGACGCGAAUCGGCUCAUCGCCGAAGUUUACAAGCGACCCGCGCUUUGGAACCAGAGACACAUAUCCUAUCAUAAUCGAGAAGUGACCAACCGCGUUUGGAUGGAAAUUGCAGCGAUCUUCAAGCUUCCCAAACCAGUAUUAAAGGCUAAGUGGAAAGGUCUACGAGAUACAUUUCGUGCCGAGCUCAAGAAGGAUCAAGUUUAUCGAAAGAGUAAAUAUCAUCGUAACAGACCAGUAUGGAUUCAUUUCAAGAGUCUACAAUUCUUAAAAGAGCAAAUGCUUCCAAGGCCACCUAUUUGGGAGCGUGGAAAAGCAGGUAUAGAUGGAGAUCACGGAUUAGGAGAAAACGAUUCAGAAGGAAUGUUGAGUAAGAACGGUACGUCGUUGAGCAGAAGUUUGGACGACAGGGAUGCACUGGCUGAUCAUUUGUUAUCGAUGAGCAGUGAAAAUGGAACGUUGAAAAUCGAUGGUAUCGAUCAUCGAGUUGACGUCAAACAAGAGCCGGAAGAGAGCUUCGAUAAUUUGGAAUUUCAAAAUGUGACGGAUAAUUUAGCGGACAAUGAAAUGAUGUUGCAAAAUAUAUCACCUGAACAAGUGUUGAUGGGUGAGAAUGAUAAUGGUAUCGGAUUAACGGUUGAUCCUCUCGAAGGUAAUCGUUUUGACGAUAAUUAUUAUUUCCUCAUGAGUCUUUUACCACACAUCAGAACUCUACCUGCCGAUCGAAGAAUGUUACUUAGAAUGCAAAUGCAAGAAUUGGUUUACAAGGAAGUUUAUAAAAAAGGUAACGAAGAUGUCGAUGCCUCAUGAGAGAAGGAACUCGGACAAGCGUCGCCUACGACGUCAAAUUCAAAGAAAAAGACGACCGAACUUCGUGGAGAAUCGAAGGGAGAUUUGUCCUCACAAUCUUCAAGAACGAAACCGUCUUCUUCGUCGAAAGCGGAAAAGGUCGCGUAGCGAAACGGAACGAAUAGAUACAUAUAUAUAUAUAUAUAUAUAUAUAUAUAUAUAUAUAUACAUAUAUAUACAACAGUCUUAACAGUUUUGUUCCUUUCUACGCGUGGAUUUCUACCUGGAGACAAUGACACUUUCCGUUUUGCUCGUAAAACCAUUGAAAUUGGCCGUGAAAAUCGGUAGAGAGUAGAAACGAAGACGACGGUAAUGAAAUGGUUUAUGAAUUUUUUAACAAAAAUUGUUUAAAAUACGCGCACUUUUUUUUAAUUAAUUCCACUGUAAGAUGUCGAGUUCGAUAAUUUUCGAAUGAUUUUAAUGAUCAUUCACAUUUUCUUUUCUUUUCUUUUACUUUUUUUUUUUUGACGUACGAAAAUUCGUUUUUUUUCCAAGGAAAUAGAAAUAAUUCGAUAUCGAUGCUCAGCUCGAACCUUGCGUAACGGUUUUUCGAACGAGCGGAUGCACAAAUUUCUCUUAAACGAAAGUUCUUUGUGCCAUAAUUAGUACGUGUAUAGUACGAGGAGCGCACGAACGGGCUUCCAAUUGUUACUUUGCUUUUUUUUUUCACAUUAAUUUCGUCCAUCGACGUAUAUAGAUCGAUAUUAGUCGAUAUUAUAGUAUGUAUGUAAAUAGACAUGAUCGACAGAGAAACGAUUGGUCGAUUGUUAAUAUAUCGAAUGCAAGGAUAUUUUAUGCGAGAUCGUUUGCAGAAAAAAAAAAUAUAUUGUCGAGCAUGUUACUAUUAUUACCUCGAUGACUAUAAAUAAUUUUCAAAUUCAACCGCAUAAGCAACGACGAUUAUUAUACAAUGUCUCGGUAUAUAUAGAAUCGAGAAUAUCAUCUAUUCUAUCGUAUUCCUUUUCUUACGGAAUUUAUGUUAGCGUUGACCCCAACAUGCGUUGGAGGCAAUGAAAAAAAGAUGACGACGACGACGAAGAAGAAGAAGAAGAAGAAGAGAAGGGAAAGGUAAAAGAAUAUCGAGCGAAAGGGAAGACAAACUAGGUCCUGGUCGAUAGCGUGGGAGUUAAAAUAUGUAUAAAAAGGGUUCCGUAGGUUGAGAAUCACUGGUACGCUCGGUACCUGCAGGUACGAACAUGCAGCGUGCACCUGUGUGCCAAGAUGGACGUCAUGUAUAUACACUUGCCUGCCUCGGUAGGAGAAGUCAGUGCGCAUGCGCGACCGCUCGUGACCAGUCGCGCGACUCCGUUCUCGGUCGGCCGUUUCGCUCGCUUUCGCGCUGCGACUCACGCCGUGUUCGGUCUGUCGCUCUUCUUCUCUUCCUCAGUUUUUCCGUAGUCUCUUAUUCGUACGGUUGUUUGUUUCUCCAUUCGUUCGUUCGUUCGUUCGUUCGUUACAUAUACCUUUUACCAUAGUCUCGACGACUGUUAUUUCUAUGCUUCAAAUUUCUCUCCCUCAUUCCUUUUACCUCUCCCUCUUGUCCGCUUGUUAUUACCGUUAGUCCAAAUGAAGCAUCUCCUUUUUUAUUUUCUUUCCUCGCACGAACGAACGGGGACGAGUCAAACGCACAGGUGUUUAUAUCAAUCUCUUGGCUGACAAGUCUCUACGGAAUAAAAACGUAUUAUCAUCUUAUACGAA